CUGAGUUUUAACAUGUUAUCUGCAAAAUCUUGUUUUGAUUCACAUGCCUGUGGAUUUGGAAUUUUAGUACCAAGAAGCUGAAAUUUGCAGGAAAAAUGGUUUCAAUGGAAGGAGCUUUGAAGAAACAGUUGUUCCAUGGUGGAUUUCUGACCCUUAACUGCAAAGAAGGUACAAAGUGCCAGAUUCGAGCUCCGUUGAUGCAGUUAGUGGCAACAGGAAAAGAUGAUAUUAGUAUUCAUCUUAAUCUGUUUAAAACAAGGAGUGUGCAAAGAGACGCAGUCAAGGUUUGUGCAGUGAGGAGGAGAAGGAUAUACCAUAAUAGUGAAACUUAUGUGUUACUGGAGCCGGGAGAGGAUGAGAAGUUUGUUUCAGAGGAUGAGCUGAGGGACAAGUUAAAAGGUUGGCUGGAGAACUGGCCAGCCAAGAAACUUCCUCCUGACCUUGCAAGAUUCGAAAGCAUCGACGAUGCCGUUUCUUAUCUAGUGAGGUCUGUUUGUGAACUUGAAAUUCAUGGAGAUGUAGGUUCAGUCCAGUGGUACGAAGUUCGAAUGGAGUGAGAAAAUCAUUCAAGCCUUUGAAGAUUAAAAGUUUUUCUUUUGGCUCAAGGAAUUGAGAGUAUGAUUAUAUUUACUGAGAUUAGUAGUUGGUAAAGCAUAAUCACAAAUUGUAACAGCUACACCCUUGGGGAUAGUUUUGUUUUGUAACAUCCUACCAGAGCAUAUACGUGUUCUCACGUCAUCUAGAACACGUGUUAGGCUCGAGAGAUUAAGAAGACAUGUUGAAACUAUUUUCACAUUGAAGACUAAAGAGAUAUUUUCACAUUA